GGGGAAGAACGGGGAUGUCCGUAGCGGGGUCUGUCCGCUAAUUGAUCCCAGCUGCUGGCUAGAUGAAAGCCAUUCCUGUGGUUUAGUCACGUGUACUUAGUUUUCGGGACUUGGCGACUGAGAGGACACCGUGAUCAGCCUCGUCUUCAGACCCCCUCUCUCCAGGAGUAGUCAGCGUGGUCUAUAGUUCACGAUCUGUGUACACUGAAGGCUCGGAUGGACGUCGAUCCCUCUGUGUUGAGCUUCGCUUAGCCGAUCGCGCCGUGGGGAACGGAAAGGGACGCGGGGUCGCACCGCGCUGUGACCGGCGUCGCCGUGUCGCAGCAGAUCGCUACUUAUUAGCGCCAGUGUGGACAUCGGUGGGACAAGGCUACGGGCGAGGUUACUGACCAGCUUCUGUGGGAUUUGAUGUCGCCUCUAGAUCGGUUCGACUGAAGAUGGAAACACUGGAGUCGGAGCUGACCUGCCCGAUCUGCCUGGAGUUGUUUGAAGACCCCCUGCUCCUACCCUGCGCCCACAGCCUGUGCUUCAACUGCGCCCACCGCAUCCUGGUGUCCCACUGCUCCAGCAACGAGCCCGUCGAGUCCAUCUCCGCCUUCCAGUGCCCCACGUGUCGCUACGUCAUCACUCUGAACCACCGCGGCCUGGAGGGCCUCAAGCGCAAUGUGACACUGCAGAACAUCAUUGACCGCUUCCAGAAGGCCUCCGUGAGCGGCCCCAAUUCCCCCAGCGAGAGCCGGAGGCUUCGGCCGUACGGCACUGCCGCUCGUGGUAGCCCGGCCAGCGCGAUGUCCCUGGAGCGAGUCGGCUGCCAGUUCUGCGAGCAGGACCCGCCCCGCGAGGCGGUCAAGACCUGCGUGACGUGCGAGGUGUCCUACUGUGACCGCUGCCUGCGCGCCACGCACCCCAACAAGAAGCCGUUCACCAGCCAUCGGCUGGUGGAGCCCGUGCCCGACGCGCACCUCCGCGGUCUCACCUGCCUGGAGCAUGAGAACGAGAAGGUCAACAUGUACUGUGUGGUGGACGACCAGCUGAUCUGUGCCCUGUGUAAGCUGGUGGGCCGCCACCGAGACCACCAGGUGUCCUCCCUGAGCGAGCGCUUCGACAAGCUCAAGGCUUUUCAAGUGAGCCCUGGCAGACUAUCUGAAGCGGUUAUCAUGGAAGCAUCAAAGACGAGCGCCGCGCAAACUCUGGAGAACAACCUGACCAACCUGGUGAAGAGGAACAGUGAGCUGGAGAACCAGAUGGCCAAGCUCAUCCAGAUCUGCCAACAGGUGGAGGUGAACACCGCCAUGCACGAAGCCAAGCUGGUGGAGGAGUGUGAUGAGCUGGUGGAGAUCAUCCGGCAGAGGAAGCAGGUCAUCGCCGUCAAGAUCAAGGAGUCCAAGGUGAUGAAACUGCGCAAGCUGGCACAGCAGAUCGCCAACUGCCGGCAAAGCCUGGAGCGCUCCAGCGCCCUGAUAACACAGGCCGAGCACAGCCUGAAGGAGAACGACCACGCCCGCUUCCUGCAGACCGCCAGGAGCGUCGCCGAGAGGGUCGCGAUGGCAACGGCAUCUUCCCAGGUCUUGAUCCCAGACGUCAACCUCAAUGACGCCUUCGACACUUUUGCUCUGGAUUUCUCCAGGGAGAAGAAGAUUCUGGAGGGCCUGGAUUACUUAACAGCUCCGAACCCCCCUGCCAUACGGGACGAGCUCUGCACAGCCUCUCACGACACCAUCACUGUACACUGGUCUUCCGAGGAUGAGUUCAGCGUCAUCUCCUACGAGCUGCAAUACACCAUCUACACGGGCCAGGCCAACUUCAUCAGUCUGUAUAACUCGGUGGACAGCUGGAUGAUCGUGCCCAACAUCAAGCAGAACCACUACACGGUGCACGGGCUGCAGAGCGGAACCCGCUACGUCUUCUUCGUCAAGGCCAUCAACCAAGCGGGCAGCCGCAACAGCGAGCCGGCACGGCUCAAGACCAACAGUCAGCCGUUCAAGCUGGAUCCAAAGACGGCCCACAAGAAGCUACGCCUCUCCAACGACUGCCUGACUAUGGAGAAGGAUGAGAGCUCCCUGAAGAAGAGCCACACGCCGGAGCGCUUCAGUGGCACGGGUUCCUACGGCGCCGCCGGCAACGUCUUCAUUGACAGCGGCUGCCACUACUGGGAGGUGCUGGUGGGGGCGUCUACCUGGUAUGCAGUGGGUGUGGCCUACAAGUCAGCCCCGAAGAACGAGUGGAGCGGAAAGAACUCCUCGUCGUGGGUAUUCUCACGGUGCAACAACAACUUCAUGGUGCGCCACAACAGUAAGGAGAUGCUGGUGGAGGCCAGCCUGCAGCUGCGGCGUCUGGGCGUGCUGCUGGACUACGACAACAACGCACUGUCCUUCUACGACGCCAUGAACUCGCAGCACCUGCACACCUUUGACGUCUCCUUCUUGCUCCCUGUGGUGCCCACGUUCAUGAUUUGGAACAAGUCCCUGAUGAUCCUGUCCGGCCUGCCCGUGCCGGACUUUGUGGACUGUCCCGAACAGCAGGAGGGCCUGUGUCGGCCUCAGGAAUCACCCUACGUAUCUGGCCUGAAGGGCUGUCACUGAGACACCCCCACCUCGCCCACCCCCAACCCCAACCCCCAACCCAAUGGCUCCACAUCCAUUUCAUUUCAUUGUCCUUUUCCAUCUUUACUUCGCUUAAGUUUAAGGAGACCUGUUGCUUUUAAAAGCUCAGAUUACAGAUAAUGAUUUUUUUUUCUUGCAUAAUGUGACUACUAAGUCUUGUAAAAUAAGAAAUUACUGAUCAUUUUAAAGACAAAAAAUGUAUGAUAUUUAUGAAUAAGUCUGUUUGAUUUGUCUAUUUUAAUGUAUUUAUAAUGCACUUUUCAGAAAUCUUUCAUUUCCCCAACGUGUAAAAAGGCAAAAAAAAAAAAAAACAAUGGGAAUUGGUUGAAUUUGUCAAGCAUAGCAGUAUAUAGAGGAUUUAUCUUGCGUAGAGAAAGGCAUAUCAUGUUACUGCUACUUUUUUAAACUGAGUAAAAAAAAAAAGUGGACAAGAAAAGUUUAACUUGGAGUCUAGACAUCAAUGCAUGUUUUUGUUUGUUUUUUUUUUUUUUAUUCCUCCCCUUAGUUCCUUAUUUUAAUGAAAAAUUUGAUUGUACCAUAAACACAAGCAUGAUCUGGUACAACUGCUGCCAAUCUACUGCAGUAUGUUUCCUAGUCAACUUCAUUAUGCUGAUUUAAUUUACUCAAAGACCAGUGCUCCCAUUUGGUUUAGAUAUUGCCGUACACCAGUCACUUUUUCCCAGUGGAGUGUGAGCUGCCACUCAGUGGACAUCCCCAGUACGGCAUAAUCACUGUUUGUCCUUCACUGAAACCUGCUAAUUAGCUGGGCAGCCCUUCAAAACAGGCUCUCAGUUGCCGCAUCAAUCCUCAUCCUUCCCCACUCGAUCUGAAACGGUCUGUCUUCCAUACGAGCCAUUCUGCAAUCCCUCUCUCCCUUCUUUUCUGCAAAUAAGAGACCUCCACAGCAAUAUUAUGUCUUCAGUCCAUGUCGGGAUCAUCUCCAUCAAGCCAUCUCUCUUUCCAUUUAUGUAUCCGUGAUAUUUUAGUCUCAGCUUUUUGUGAGACGCUUUUAUGAGACGCGUUUACUACACAAUAAUCAGACAAUCAAAUUCAGUAUGAGAGUAGACACAAGGUGUAUGUAUAGUUAAAAAAAAAAAAAACGCAAUUGCAGCUGUUUGGUUGCACGUCAUUCCUCGAUAUAUUUUACCAGGGCUGGAAAAUAUCAUUGCCAGUGAGUCUGGGAGGUCAGGCUCACGUCGGUGAUAUUUUCUCGUAUCGGCAGGUUUAACCUUUUUUCAUGCAGGAUGUACACGUCAUGUUUUGCCGGUGUGUGCCCCGCACCCUUAACUUUAGUGAAUACGCAUGGAAGGGCUAUUGGCCGCACACUGCCCUCCUGUACCGCACACCGACACCCCCUUUGGAGAGCAGGGCGGGCUGGAGGUGCAGCGGAUUACCGAGUCAGAAUCGGGGAAGGGCGUCGGAGUACGAUGCGCUCGUGUAGCUAGCUAGCACAUAGCGUGCCAGGCAGCAUCGCUGUCAUGUAUACAUGCAGCAGACAAGAGGACCAUAAAACAAUGGCCAAGGAGAACAGGAUCCUUUACACAUUAUGUUUAUGGUUUCUGGUGUUUCAGAAGAUGAUGCAUAUGUAGAAAAAACGAAAAAGGGAAAAAAAAAAAAAAAAAAAAACUUGCAUAACUGCUAAUUUCUGAACUGAUUUGUCCCAGUACACUCUACUGGCUUACUGCAUGACAGUUUGAUUCAAAACCAAGUGCAUAUUGUACAUUUCAUAACGUUUUAUACUAACAUUCAAAAUUAUUAAAACUUUUGAGUUCGUACAUAUCAGAUUUCUACAGUUUGUCGUGCUUUAUUUUGAGUUACAGGCUAAGGAGCUUUCAGAUGCCAUUUAAAACUAUAGUAAACUGUUAGUCAUGGAAGUAAUAGUAAUUAUGCAUUUGUUUGUGUUUCCUGAUCCUCCCGAAAAAAAGGCUGUUGAAACCAAUGCUCUCCUCUCCUGUUGCGUUUCAAUCUCUAUUAUGACAUAUUCAAAUUAGCUGUGUGUAAAUGACUCUCUGCUUUCAUAGUUGUGUGAAUUUUAGCCAUAAAAAAAGAAUGUAAAUCAAAGGGGGAAAUAUAUAAAAUGGUAUAAUAUAUGAACUAAUGUUAUUUAUGUGAACUUGAGUCAAAUUAAAACUCUGAUCCCAAAUCAA